AUGUCUUCGCAGCGUAGCAAGAGUUGGUUGGCUGCAGCGCGUGUUCAACAUAGUUGUCAAGAACUCGAAGCAUUAAAGAGGAUAUUUGAAAACGAACUGCGGGAUUUACGAAAACAAUACGAAGUGACUCAGGCAGAUUUAGCCGAGCUGAAAGCAAAACCAGCAAUGUCCGAUGUGGGUGAAAUCGUCGAUGACGCCGCCAAGUAUAUGUUAUCUAUCGUUUCAGCAAUGUCCGAUGUGGGUGAAAUCGUCGAUGACGCCGCCAAGGUAACUGGAUUUGCUUCACCAGGCAGCCUCAUGUUUCAGUCGCUACGAUAUUCGAGAAAUCGCGAUACAUGUAUAUUUGUUGCUGAAAAUUCUCCGACAACCGAUAACCGAUCUCGCCAUUCUUGGGGCUUAUCAGAUAGGCGCAGUCCCCGAGUUUCCGUCAAUCUUAUGUUCUGCUUGAAACCAAAUUGCACGAAAUUAGAGAAAUACACUCAUUCGCAAACAAAUUUGGUUUUUCGAGAGACUCACCUGGAACACAGCUGA